AUGUGCCGGCAUUACGUUCGCGGACCGAGUGAGAGACUACCGCGGCACUUAAGACUUACGCCGCCGCCGGUGUUGGUAGUGGCGGCGGCGGCGGUGGCGGAGUUCGCCCGACUUUGGCGCCCAGCGACAAGACGCGCGCGGCGCCACGGAGGGCUUUACCCGCAGCUUUUCCGGGCAGGCGCGCUGUGUAAAAAAGCCGCCCCAAGAAUGAGACAUGUGGACAGGCGGUGCUGGUGCGCGGGCGGCGGCGGGAUGGCUGUCGGGCGCCAUCUGCCUGACCGGUCGUCGGCCGCGCGAAAACGCUCGUCCCUGAUGACCUAA